GUAUGGGCGGCGGCUGCCGGUAUUUUUGGAUCGGUCCCGUUUAUAAAACCGCCGGUACCGACCAGCAGAACGUUCAUUAGCACAUCCACAGCGGAUCAGCAGCCACACACAAGCCGCAGACCCGCCGCAGUCGUACAGAUUUCCUUCGUCGUAAACCGGUUCAAAAACCCAAACUAGCAAAAUGUGUGACGAUGAUGUAGCAGCUUUGGUAGUCGACAAUGGCUCCGGUAUGUGCAAGGCCGGUUUCGCUGGAGAUGACGCACCCCGUGCCGUCUUCCCCUCCAUCGUCGGCAGACCCCGUCAUCAAGGAGUCAUGGUCGGUAUGGGACAAAAGGACAGCUACGUAGGCGAUGAAGCCCAAAGCAAACGUGGUAUCCUCACUUUGAAAUACCCCAUUGAACACGGAAUCAUCACCAACUGGGAUGAUAUGGAAAAAAUCUGGCAUCACACUUUCUACAACGAAUUGCGUGUUGCCCCAGAAGAGCACCCAAUCUUGUUGACCGAAGCCCCAUUGAACCCAAAGGCCAAUCGUGAAAAGAUGACCCAAAUCAUGUUUGAAACCUUCAACACACCCGCCAUGUAUGUUGCCAUCCAAGCCGUACUCUCCUUGUACGCUUCCGGUCGUACUACUGGUAUCGUUUUGGACUCUGGUGACGGUGUCUCACACACAGUACCCAUCUAUGAAGGUUAUGCAUUGCCCCAUGCCAUCCUCCGUUUGGACUUGGCUGGUCGUGACUUGACCGACUAUUUGAUGAAGAUCUUAACCGAGAGAGGUUACAGCUUCACCACCACCGCUGAGCGAGAAAUCGUCCGUGACAUUAAGGAAAAAUUGUGCUAUGUCGCUUUGGACUUCGAACAGGAAAUGGCUACCGCUGCCGCUUCCACCUCAUUGGAGAAAUCCUAUGAAUUACCUGACGGACAGGUCAUCACCAUCGGAAACGAACGUUUCCGUUGCCCAGAAGCCUUGUUCCAACCUUCAUUCUUGGGAAUGGAAUCUUGCGGUAUCCACGAAACCGUAUACAACUCCAUCAUGAAGUGCGAUGUUGACAUCAGGAAGGACUUGUACGCCAACACCGUACUUUCCGGAGGUACCACCAUGUACCCAGGUAUCGCCGACAGAAUGCAAAAAGAAAUCACCGCCUUGGCUCCAAGCACAAUCAAGAUCAAGAUCAUUGCCCCACCAGAACGUAAAUACUCCGUAUGGAUCGGUGGUUCCAUCUUGGCUUCUCUGUCCACCUUCCAACAGAUGUGGAUCUCCAAACAAGAAUACGACGAAUCCGGCCCAGGCAUUGUCCACCGUAAAUGCUUCUAAGUCAUCACCUCCCACAAACAUACAAAAUCAAAAUUACAAUCACGCUUUAUGUUCAUUUAUACUGAAGAAAACCUAUGUGUUUUUUCUUUUUGUACAUAUCGAGACGAUUUUUGCGUCGUUUUACACGGGGAUAAAAUAACAGUUCGAUUUUUGAAAUAAAAAAAAAUGUAUUUAUUAGCGCGUUAAUCGUUUCGAAAUAAACGUUUCUAUACUA